CAACAACGAAAUCAACUGCCCCCUCCCUCAUUCCUACCCUUCUCUCUCCCCUUAGAAGUUAGAACUACCAAAAUCCAGAGACAGAUGAAAGCAGAGAAAAUAUCAAGAAUCGACAGACAAUUAAUUCAUCCAUGUAGAUCGUCAACCCUCUCAAUCUCAUAAAAAAAACUCUACUUUUGUCGCAAUGGACGAGACAUUCUUCGAUCUAAUGGAGUUUUUAAAGAAACCUUCAAUAACUGAAACAUUCGUCGACAUUUUGCUUUGUGCAGUACCGAUAUGGCUAGCCGUUAUGAUCGGCCUCGUUAUUGGCUGGUCUUGGCGGCCUAGGUGGACCGGAUUGGUCUUUCUUGGCUUGAGGGGCAAGUUUAGGUUCCUUUGGGCGCCUCCUGGAUUCGGAGCUCGGCGUCUCUGGCUCGCUUUUACGGCUCUAUCUGCUCUCUCUGUUUGCCGCACCAUUUGGUCCAAUUUUAAGGGUAAAGAUGGAAAAUCAGUACCCGCCGCUGCGGCUUCAUCUUCGGGAGCGAAUUCGGGGGAGAGACGUGACGGUUCUGUUAGCUCCACUGGUGAGCUGGAGGACAGGGAGGACAUUGUGACAGAGAAAGACUUAGAACACCUAUUGCAUCUGCUGGAGGGGAAGGAUGGACGGAAGGAGUGGCAAUGUAUGAUGGAAAGGUCAACCUCGAACAUGAGAUACCAAGCCUGGCGCCAUGAGCCUCAGGAAGGCCCCACUGUUUACCGAAGUAGAACUGUCUUUGAGGAUGCAACUCCAGAGUUGGUUAGAGAUUUCUUCUGGGAUGAUGAGUUUCGACCUAAAUGGGAUCCGAUGCUUGCUUACUUUAAAAUACUUGAAGAGUGCCCUCAUACUGGUAGAAUGAUUGUGCACUGGAUAAAAAAGUUCCCAUUUUUCUGUAGUGAUCGAGAAUAUAUCAUUGGUCGAAGAAUAUGGGAUGCUAGGAAGGCAUCUUAUUGUGUGACCAAGGGGGUGCCUUAUCCAGGCCUGCACAAGCGUGACAAGCCAAGGCGUGUUGACCUUUAUUUCUCAAGUUGGGUGAUUAGGGCUGUGGAAUCUCGUAGAGGAGAUGGACAGAUGUCUGCAUGUGAGGUUACCCUUUUACAUUAUGAGGACAUGGGGAUCCCCAAAGACGUCGCAAAGUUGGGGGUUCGACAUGGGAUGUGGGGAGCUGUCAAGAAGCUGCAUUCUGGUAUGAGAGCAUACCAGAAUGCAAGGAAAUCAGAGGCUUCACUGUCCAGAAGCGCGCUAAUGGCUAGAAUUACAACAAAAAUUUCUUUUGAUGAAGGCAUGGAUUCUUCAGAACCAGUUACUGGUGGUGAAGAGGAUAAAAGUCAAGCUGUAGAUAUCCAAAGACACAAUGAUCACGGAAUUGAUUGGAAAUGGAUAGCUAUAGGUGGAACGGUAACACUGGUUUGCUGUCUUCACUCCGGUGCAAUUGGGAAGGCAUUGUUACUUGGAGCAGGCCAAAGAAUUGCACGGAGGUGAGAAUUUUCAGAUCAACGAUAUCAUGUACCUACCCAACCGUUUCAAGGAUCUGUGAAAUUUUAAACACUUGUUGAGUUUUUCAAGGAUUUGUGAAAUUUUAUCCACUUGUUGAGUUAUGGGCCAAUAUUUAUCAAAGAUCAAUGAUCAAUAUUUUUUUUCA